AUGGCCACUGUUGGUUCUGCCACGUCGGAGACGCCCUUCUUCUCCAUGGGUGAGGGGACCUUCAAGAUUCCCAUGACGCUCUACGCUGAGAACCGCCGCCGUCUGGUGGAGAACAUGAAGAAGAACGGCCACUCUGGUGUCAUCCUCCUCAAGGGUGGCGAGCAGACAACCCGUCACGAUACCGAUCAUGAGGACAUCUUCCGCCAGGAGAGCUACUUUCAUUGGGCGUUCGGCACGGUUGAAGCCGAUUGUUUCGCUGCGCUGGAUGUGGAUACAGGCAAGAGCACCCUCUUCAUUCCCCGCCUGCCCGAGGCUUACUCAAUCUGGAUGGGCACGAUUCACCCCCCUGCACGCUUCCUCAAGCGCUAUGCCGUCGAUGCUUGCCAGUUUGUGGACGAGAUCCCUACUGUCAUGGCCGCCGACUACAAGGGCAAAACCAUCCACGUGCUGUAUGGUCGCAACUCUGACAGCGGCAACUUUGCCGAGCCAGCCUCAUUCAAGGGUAUCGAGGAGUUUCAGGUGGACCGUGACUCCCUCUUCCCCAUCAUUGCCAACCUACGCGUUUUCAAGACCGAGGCUGAACUCGAGGUCAUGCGCUACGUCUCCGAGGUCACCUCCGCCGCGCACGUGGCUGUGAUGCGCCAAGUCCAGGUGGGCUGGAACGAAUAUCAAAUGGAGGCACUCUUCAAGUUUCACACCUACAAUUAUGGUGGAUGCCGCCACGAGGCCUACACCUGCAUCUGUGCCUGCGGCCCAUCAGGCGCCACGCUGCACUAUGGCCAUGCCGGUGCACCCAACGACCGCCCCAUCAAGGAUGGUCAAAUUGGGCUUUUGGACAUGGGCGCAGAGUACAGCUGCUAUUGCAGUGACAUCACUUGCUCUUACCCAGUCAAUGGCCGUUUUACUCAGGAUCAGAAGGACAUUUACCAGGGCGUUCUUGAUGCUGUCAUUGCGGUUGAGACCGCCAUGAAGCCCGGCGUGAGCUGGCAUGAUAUGCACCACUUGGCCCUCAAGACGGUCACCGAGGCUCUCAUCAAGACCGGUGUGCUUGUUGGCGAUGCCGAGGAAAUCAUCAAGUCACAGCUUGCGGCCAAAUUCAUGCCCUCGGGUCUCGGCCAUCUCAUUGGCCUGGACACUCACGAUGUCGGCGGCUAUCUCAAGGGCUUUCCGGAGCGCUCAACCCUUGACGGCUUCAAGAGCCUGCGCACGGCCCGCGAUCUCGAGGAGAACAUGGUCUUGACCGUCGAGCCUGGUAUUUACUUUAUCGAGAGCCAGGUCAACAUGUUGCUUGCAGGCUCCGAGUUUGAUAAGUACAUCAACAAGGAGCGCCUUGAGCAAUUCCGCUAUUUCGGUGGCGUGCGCAUCGAGGAUGUUGUGCUCGUUAAGAGCGACGGCAUUGAGAACUUUACGCAAACUCCACGUGGCAUCGACGAGAUCGAGUCUGUUAUGUCGGGUGGCCAAUGGCCCCCGGCCGAGGAUAAGUACCCUCAACUGAAGCGCCAAUUCACGACCUGGCGCUCAGCAGGUCUCAGUCAAUAAACGCACUUGCGUGCUUGCGCGGGCGUGAAAGUCCCUUUCUUGUUGGUGCUCGCACAUAUAAUAAGGAAAAACCAAAAUAAACGCGACAUGUUCAAGACCUACCUGGCUUGAUUGCCGGUGCGAGUUUGCAGAACAUGGGUUGUGGAU